AUGUUAAGAGAUGUGAAUCCAUAUAAUUAUGGAAAAGCACGGAGUGUUGGCUGCGAUACAACGGUCACCAGAAUAGAGGGCACAAUACUUUCACCCAAUUAUCCGCUCAAUUAUGAUAAUUACAUUCAAUGCGUCUAUAAAAUUGUAAAAUCCAGUGACGAUGUGUGCAGUAUUGAAGUGAUAUUAAGUGACUUUGAUGUGGAGGACACACCUGAAUGCACGGCUGAUUACUUAGAUUUAGGCGAUGGAAGUGGACAAAUCAUUUGGUUUCCAGCAAAUGGCGAAAACAUUAAGUUUGUAUUCAAAUCCAAUCACAUGAACAAUAAGAAGGGAUUUGUGGCUAAAAUUAAACAAUUGAGGAAUAGUUGUCCGCCUUAUGUUAUCAACAGAAUACCAAAUAUAAUGCACACUUCGGAGAGUAAACCGGAAGUGUUUCACAAACAACCCGUUUAUUUGGGCUCUUAUUGUGACAUUUAUAUCGGAGAAGUGAUCGGAGAUCUGAGGUCUCCCGGAUAUCCCUACGGGUAUCACAAUAACCAGAGCUGUCAUUAUUCUAUAAGAAGAGCGGCCACUGAUAUAUGCAAAGUUGAGUUAAUCUUUCAUCAGUUUGACAUCUCGUCAAACGACCGGCGAGUUUGCGAUUCAGACUUCGUUGAACUUCCCGACAGAAGCAGAAAUGCAAACACUAGAAAAAUCAUUUGGUUUCCAGCAAAUGGCGAUAACAUUAAGUUUGUAUUCAAAUCCAAUCACCUGAACAAUAAGAAGGGAUUUGUGGCUAAAAUUAAACAAUUGAGGAAUAGUUGUCCGCCUUAUGUUAUAAACAGAAUACCAAAUAUAAUGCACACUUCGGAGAGUAAACCGGAAGUGUUUCACAAACAACCCGUUUAUUUGGGCUCUUAUUGUGACAUUUAUAUCGGAGAAGUGAUCGGAGAUCUCAGAUCUCCCGGAUAUCCCUACGGCUAUCACAAUAACCAGAGCUGUCAUUAUUCUAUAAGAAGUUUGCUGGCCGCUCAAACGCUAAGUCUGAAGCAACUUGAAGGGCUGUCUUCGUCACUUUGCGGUCGUUUACCGAUUCAGCAAAGAGUUUAUCCAUUUUCUCGUUCAUCCGAUUAUUUGAUUUUGAAAUUCAAUUCCGAUAACAUUAUUGACGAACGCGUGACAGGAUUUUGGAUAGAAGUGAGACAAUUGAGGAAUUCUUGCGAUCAAAAGACUCCUCAAAACGUCGAACCGUUGGACAAGAAUACGUGUGAAUAUGAGAUCCAAUUUCUAAACUUCAAUAUCGAAUCGUCGAGAGAUUAUUCGGGAAAUUGUAAUAAAGACUUUCUUCAAUAUCCCGACGGAUCCAGAAUUUGUGGAUUCUCUUCGGCACGAAGAACCUUUCAAUUUCCCAAAUUUCGGGACAGAAUCGGAAUGUUUUACUUCAGUAGUGAUGAUAAUCACGAAGAAAGAGGUUAUGAAAUACGAAUCACACAAAUACCAAAAUCGUGUUUUAAUAACCAUAACUAUGGCUUUGCUGUCAAACCAUCGUUCAUAACGUCAACUCCGACACCAUAUCUGACAACUUCUUACACGACAGUCAAUAACACAUAUUAUACUUGCGAUGAAAUUAUUAGUUCAGAGAUUCACGUCAUUACGAGUCCUAAUUAUCCGCAAAACUACCCGACGAUCACUCGCUGUACGUGUGGCCGCAAACGGCAAUUUGCCGCAGAGUCUCAUUUCUCCGAUUUGCAAGUAAUCCUUAUAACAGGCCUUCGAUUCCUCCAAAGCGAACGCAUCGAACUUCACUUCGAGGGCACAGAUAUCGGAAGUGGACUUCCGGACGGUGUACUCGCAGUCCAGGAAUGGCUGAUAACUGCCGCUAUCGUAGUGUGGGCUCAGAAUUUUGGAUCCGGGACUGAAUUCGUGUGGAAUAGAGUUAUGGUGAUCGCAAUUGUUGUCCAAUUGUCGCGCCUGUAUCUUAAAACCGCCGUAACGGACAGCGGAUUCCUCCCGAAGUCGACAACAAUUCGCUCGCCUUUCCUUCGAGGCUUGUCGCUGACAAAUGUGGAGACAAUUGUCGACGAAGACGAACAGAUUUGUGGCAAAGGUUUGAUUGCAUUGUUUGCUGGAUAUGUGCCCACGUUUGCCUACAAUUACCGGAUCGAGUGGUAUUUGCUCUACAAUUGGUUUGCCGAUUGUGUCUCCAAUUCUGUGAUCAAUGACGGGAUGAGUACAAGAGUCCGGAAUUUGUUCGGCUCGGAGUCUAAAACCCGUACGAGUUGUUUGUCGAUCGGAAUUGAAUAUUAA